CAGAUCUGUCUGUCUGGGUUUCACCCAUCACAUCUUCAUCGCAUUCGGAUAAAAAUCAUCACUGUUUCUGUCACCUCCGAGAUUGUCAUCGUCUGUUUCCCGAUUCAUGACAAAUAUCUACAUCUUUACCGUCGUGUAACCCACUGUUUAUAUUUCAGCAGCAGCAAUGGACAACAACUCGACAACGUGUUCAUUUGACACACAGGGCUACAGUUCAACUUUUAGGAAAAAACGGACGGUGGAAGAUUUCAACAAGUUUUGUACAUUCGUGCUUGCAUAUGCCGGUUAUAUCCCAUAUCCACAAGAGGAGGCGCACUUGAGAAACAGCUCCAGCCCUCCGAACAGCACCGGCAGCACUGCGGACAGCGAUGGGUGGGAGAAUCAGAGACUGGGUUGCGGUCUUUCUUCUUCGGACGAACACCAAACCAAGAACCGAAAGAGCUUUGCUGGAUUCAAGAGACCUUCGAGCGAGAACUUUGAGCCACAGAGGCGUCCCAAGUCAGCCGGUCUUCACCUGGAGGGUCGAAAGAAAGCCGACAAGGUGAAAAAGAAGAAGAAACAGCAGCUGAGGAAGAUUUAUGGUGAGGAAUUCGGAUCUUUCGCUCCAUCUCCCUUCAGUGCUCAAGGUGAGCUUUCGGAUCUGGGAUGUAUCAUCAAGGAAGAACCGGAAGAUUACUUCAGCAUUCCCGUGCCUACCGUAGGCAUGGGCACGGACCAACCAGCACAUGCCGGCACACGUUUAUCUCCUGCUUUGUGCUCCCUGACAUGCAAAGACGAGCCUGAUGCUCCAUGUUGGGACAGUUACAAAAGCUCUGGUCCAAAUUCAACCUCGGAGGAACCAGAAAAACCAGCACAACCCAUAGUUUUAAAGCUCGAGGGUUCUUCCGGCAAAAGAACUGUGAUCCGCCAGGGAAAACAGGUGGUGUUUCGAGAUGAAGAUGGAUCGGGGGACGAUGAGGACAUCAUGGUUGACUCAGAUGAUGACUCCUGGGACCUCGUGACGUGUUUCUGCAUGAAGCCAUUCGCAGGAAGGGCGAUGAUCGAGUGCAACCAGUGCAACACCUGGAUCCACCUCUCGUGUGCCAAAAUCCGCAAGUCCAACGUUCCCGAGACGUACAUCUGCCAGAGGUGCAGAGACUCAAAGUUUGACAUUCGACGCUCCAAUCGCUCACGUGUGGGCUCUCGAAAACGUCUUCUCGACUGAUACCACUCCCGCCCCUCCAAGUUUGUUGCAUCAAGACGUAAUGCAAUGAGUAUGAAAGCGGAAGGGCUAUGUGACGUUCCUGUUGUCACGUUUUUCUGUUCCUUUUUUUAAUACUUUUCGCCUUUAUAGAUGUUUGCGUCAGGCAAUCAAUACACUGAUGAUGCAUUAAAGACUUCCGCUUAUUUUAGACUGUAGACGUCCUAAAGGUAUUACAUGAUAGAAGGUCUUCUGGAAUAAAGGGAUUUGGGCGUCGAAUUGCACUUUUUUAUUAACAAUUGGGUAACGUCUUUAUGUACCCAUAGUUUCUAAUGUAUGUCAGAGUGUGUAUAUUAUAUAAGAUAUUAGUGUUUAAGGUGUUGAGACUCAUUAUUGGUCUUCUUCACAGGAGAAGGAAGUUUAUGAGGUUAAGAGAUCGAGAUGUUGGAUAUUGUUGAUGUUUUAAUGAACAGUCACUGAUAUUUUGCAGUGAAACGUCUGAAGCGGUUCAUGCUACAUUGUGCUAUUUCUGGAUUUUAUUUUUAUUUUUAUUGUAUUUUUUUAAGAUUAACACAGCAACAAAUUAAGGAUCACACAAAGAUGCUAUGGGAAAUGUCUGCCUUUUGAACAAGAUACUGUUACUUUUGACUCGUAUUUUACGAUGUUGUGUACGAUGUUUUUGCCAUUCUAUUUCUCACAUUUUAUUUUAAAAUGCAUAAAUUGCAUCAUAACAUGUUUGGAAAUGGAUAUCGAUUACAGCUGUUAGUUUAGGGAAGGGUGGAUUUAACAAAAAAAAUUGUUACAGGCUUACAUUUCAUUUCAAAAGCAAACUGGAAAAACUAAAUCACUGAAAGAAUAUGAAGAUGACUUCUAGGAUGUUUAGUUUGUUAUUUACACUGCAAAAAAUGUUUUUUUUUUUUUUUUUAAGAAAAAAAAUCUUAGUAUUUUUGUCUUGUUUUCAGUAAAAAUAUUGAAAAAUGCUUAAAUUAAGAUGCUUUUUCUUGAUGAGCAAAAUGACCCAAGAAAAUAAGUCUAGUUUUUAGACCAAAAAUAUAGAUUUUAAUUGAAUUUGUGCUUAAAACAAGCAAAACAGUCAAGCUAAUUUUUCUUGAAUUUAGUGUUUAAGAAAAAUUGUUAAGAUUUUUUUGCUUACCCCAUUGGCAGAUUUUUGCUUGUUUUAUGCACACAAUUUUUGGUCUUAUUUUCUUGGGUUGUUUUUGCUCAUCAAGAAAAAGCAUCUUAAUUUAAGAAUUCUUAGAUAUUUUUACUGAACACAAGACAAAAAUACUAAGAAUUGUUUUUCUUGAAAAUCAUUUUUUGCAGUGUAGGAUUUAAUUUUUUUUCUUUUGUGUAAAUCCUAUUUUUGAGUAAUUAUUCUCUUUAUUUAUUUCUUGAUUUUAAAUAAGCCUAAAUCAAAAGUUAUACAAGAUAUGCUACCAGGACAUAUACAUUUGUAUUUGCAUUGUAGUCAUAAGCAUUGGUGGAAAACGUGCUUAAAGGGAUACUACAAACAAAAAUGAAAAUUCUGUCAUCAUUUACUUACCCUCAAUUUGUUAAAAACCUGAAUACAUUUCUUUGAUUUGCUGAACACAAAAAAUAUAUUUGUAAUCAUACAUGAAGCAGAAGAACCUUUUCCAUAGUAGGAAAGAAAAAUACUAUAGAAGUCAGUGGUGUCCAAAAACGAUUUGGUUUCAAACAUUGCUCAAAAUGUUUUUCUUUUUGUAUAAACAACGACAUUUAUACAUCUUGAUGGUGGGGAAAUGAUGACAGAAUUUUCAUUUUUUGGUGAACUAUCCCUUUAAUUGUUAUGAUGACGACACAUUGCAAAAUACUAAAAAUAAGCUUUUUUUCUUUGCAUGUUUUCAGAUUUACUCCGCUUUCAAAGAUUAAAGUAUUUUGACUGUAUAGUCUCACGUCUGUAUGCUCUCAAAAGAUCAACACUGUAGUGGUGUCAUAUUUGGACUACAAAGCUUGGACACUGUUCUCAGUGGAGUUUAUAUUUAUUUUUAAGCUGUUUUUGCUAACAGCUGUGAACGGUCCAAACUGUUUAUUAACCAUAGGCAUGGUAAGAUUAAACAGUGUGGUUGUGUCCUGGUCACUGGUCAACUCCUAUCAAACAUCUUAUGAACUGUUUACUUCUUGAAGACAUUACCACAGUGGGACAACAUGUAUUUUAAUGUGUUAACAUCUUCAGAUUACCGUACUGAGUUUUUUUUUACACUGCAGAGAAGGUAACUUUUUUGGCACGAUGUGGUACUGUUUGUGGUAGUAUUUGAUUGAUAUAUGUUUUAGAUUUCCAGUGUUUUUGCAUUAUGCACCAGAUUUUGCAUAAUUUGAGAGCUAUAAAAGUUUGCUCCAUAUUUCCAUGCAGCUAUGCUACACAAUGACGUCUUUUUUCCUGUUCUUAAUGUAAAAAGACAAAUAGGUUUAAACCUGUUGUGAUGGUUAUGAUGGUUCUUAAUUUUACACAAGUUAUUAAUAAUCUGAAAUUGCCCUGUUCCUAUUUUGUAAUGAGUCAGUGGACAAUCUCCGCAAUGAUUUAUUUUAUGUUGCACAUUUUGAAACUGGAUAUCCUUAAGCGUUUUAUUAGGAGCAAUUUCUAAGUAUCUGUCUUCCUGGCAAAGUCCAUUUUGGGAACCCAUUUUUUAUUGGCAGGCCAAGAUCAAACAAGUUGGCUUUUUAUUGUUUUGCUGAAAAAAGUGUCACUUGUAAGUUUUUUGCUUAUUAAUGUUUUUUUAAACCGUUUAUCAAGGGUUUCAUGGAAGAUGGUUGCUGUACACGUGUUUUAUAAUGGUUAUUUUUUUGAUAUUUCAGGGCUGUUUGUGUGCAGGAUAGAGUACUGCUAAAGUUUGUCACAUUGUUAACGCCAAUGUCCAAUAAAGAAAGAGAUGUUUCUGUGAAACUUCAUGUUGUAAACUGAUGUAAAUAAAAAGAGAAUGAGGAUUUUAAUGAUAUUUGUGAUCAUGACAUUGUUGUCU